AUGGAGAAAUCCGACCCAUACACAGAGCGCAUCGAAACCGUCAGAGUAUCCUCUCCAACAAUGAGCGAUACUGAGAAACAACACCACGACGAUGCCGUCGGCGCAAACCUCGAGCUUGACGAAAGCUCUCCGCCACCAGGAUACUUCACAUCAAAGUUCUUCGUCGGCACGAUGGCAGCAAUCGGCCUUGGACUGAUGGCAGGUGUUGUCUGGGUCGCCCUCUCCUACACCCUCACUUCCGCCGUAACCCUCACCAUAAUCGGCCGCAUUUCCGACAUCUUCGGGCGCCGCUGGGUCUUCGUCACUGGCUCCAUGCUCGGCGUGCUCGGCGCCAUAAUCUGCGCGACAGCGCAAUCCAUCCCCGCCUUGAUCGUCGGUACAACAAUCAUGGGCAUCGCGGCCGCCACGCAACUUUCAUAUUUCUACGUCAUGGGCGAACUCGUACCGAUGAAAUACCGCCUCGCGGGCAAUGCAUUCUGUUAUCUGUUUUGUAUUCCCGGGAGCGGCGUGGCGCCGGUGAUAAGUGGUCUGCUGGUGUUCAUGAUGGGAUUGAACUGGGGCGGGAGCGUGUAUGCUUGGUCCUCGGGAUACGUGAUUGGGACGAUUGUAGCGGGAUUGGUUGCACUGGUGUGUUUCGUCCUGUACGAGUGCUACGUGGAUUUGAAAGAGCCGUUGGUGCCGAUGCAUAUCUUCAGUAACUAUUCAUGGAAUGCUUCAGUCGUACUGACGGGCUUGGGGGCGAGCGUGUACUACGCCUUCGCCAUUGUGUGGCCGAGUAUGGUUGCGGUGCUGUACUCCGACGGCGGCGCCAUGAACUCCGCCUGGCUAUCCUCCCUUGUCGGCCUCUGCAUCACCCUAGGCCAAAUUGUCGGCGGCUUCUCCGGCAAGAAAAUCGGGCAUCUCAAAUGGCAAUGUGUCGUCGGCAUCACCUUGGGCGCGAUAUGCUUCGGCAGCAUGGCAACAUGCGGCGUCGGCACCAUGUCGCGCGCCGCAACCCUCCUGUCCUUUGGCGUCUUCUUCGUCGGCUGGACUGAAGGCGCUGCCAUAACAAUCGUCACACUCGCCGCAAAAGACCAGUUCGCACUCGGCACCGCCUCAGGCGUAGCAGGUUCCAUCCGCUUCCUCAUCUCCUCCAUCGCCGCCACAGUCUACACCGUGAUCCUCUCCAACCGGCUCACCACCACAAUCGCCUCGCAAGUCCCUCCCGCGCUGCUCGCUGCGGGUCUGCCAUCAACCUCCAUCCCCUCGUUCAUCUCCGCAUUCGCGCUGGGGCCCACAGCCUUCGCCGCAAUCCCAGGUGUUACGCCCGAGAUCAUCGCAGCGGGCAGCAGCGCGUACAAGCAAGCCAAUGCCGACGCAUAUCGCACGGUGUUUCUGAGCAAUAUUGCGUUCUCGGGCGUCGCGAUUGUGUGUAGUUUGUUGCUGCCGGAUGUGGAUCAUUUGUUGACGGGACAGGUUGCCACGACGCUGCAUCGGGGGCGGGAUGAGGGGCUUGUUGCUGGGGAGAAGGAGUGA